UGUUCCCUCUAUUUAUUUUUUUAACCACGUGAGAUGGUUAAACAGAAAUGUUCGGGUCUUGUUUCAUCCACAAAUUCGUUUUUCUUCCGUUAUGUAUUCAACUCAAGAAUUGGAACUCUUUCCUGAUCGUACUGUAACUCAGUUGCUAUUCAAAGAUGUCAAAAACGUCGCAGAAUUUAGGAAAAAUGCCAUGGAAGGAAAGAUUAAUGGUGCCUUGAUAAACCCGUCUAUGAUAGUGAACCCCUUCCAAGUGCUAGUGGCAGCAAACAAGGCAGUCCAUUUACAUAGCACUGGAAAAAUGAAGACAAGGAGCUUAUAUUCCGAAAUCAUCUACAACCUUUCACCCACUAAUAAUAUUUCAGAGGCUUUCAAGAGGUUUGGGAUAUCAGACAGUGAUAGUGCUCUUCUCAUAGUUCUGGUCCAUCCCAAAGAGGAGACGCAGCACAUGAGUGACAUCAUUGCCAAGGUGGACGGACAACAGAUUCCAGUUGAAGAUGUCUCCAUGUUGACCGACCCUGCUAAGAUAAAAAAGCUGUACAAAACCACACCCCAGGAGGAUAAGUGUCUACUGGAUGCUGUUGUCUGCAGGAUGGCAACCAAAGAUGUCAUGUAGCUCAACAAGAAGACACGGCAGAAAAUGGAACCGUUCAUGUUCUAUAAUCACACCUACAGCGUUAUUGCGCAAAAUGGUACGCUGCAUCAUCUGGAUAUGUGCAACAAAAGUUCAACAUUCACCUUCUGCUACCAUUCCUGCCAAGCCGUCUACGCAUACAGUUUGACGUCUACGCACACAGUUUGACGCAUAUGUUCGAUAAACCCACACAGAACCCACUGCAACUGCCUCUGCAACGCAAUGCUGCAAGGUAAACACUGGCGCUGUCAGUGUGAUCAAGGCGUAAGCCGUGGCAGAGUGCCUCGGGGGUUGGAAAACAAAGACAUCCAAAUUUACUACAUAAAACAUUCACAUGGAUUUCAAAAUGUCCUCAAUCAAAUUCCAUAAUUUCAUACAUGUACAAUGAAUACUUAUUAAAUAAGCAGUACUGAGACAAUACACAAGUAUUCUAUGCCUUGGUUAUUUCUAGUUUUUAGAUUAUUUAUCAAAUGUGGCUUACUGUAGUAUGAUGCAAUGUAUUUACAGUCAGUACAUUUAAUGAAAAACUGCUUGUCCUAUUAAAUCCACAAAUAAUCCA